UCCUGGGUUGAGGUCGGCACUCAAUUUGCUCACAUGUGGCAUGCAUUUUUCUACUGGCUCAAGAGGCUUCAUGGACUCAAUGUAUCUAAUGCCCAGCAUCUUUGGCUAUUACAUGAGCUGUUCCUCAGACAGAUUGAGUCUGACUGCAACACAUUUCAAGCUGAAUGGAAUGUACACCCUAUCUCUAGAGAAGGACAUGAUCAGAGCCCAAAUGAUAUGAGGCUUAUAGGCCAGCUCAAGCAUGGACUAUAUGCUGACGAUUGUGAAGGAGUCCAUCCUGAUAUCAUCAGACAAUACUAUGGAACUGCAGGAAGGCCUAUUCAUCGUGCACCCCAUCAAACUGGAGCAGGUCAUCCCUCAGAUGAGGAAUGGGAAGAUAUUAAUGAUGCAGAGGACAUUGGUACAGAAGAUCUACAAGAGCUUCCCCAGCUUAUUGCUGCAGAUCACAAUGCCCAUUUUCACCAUAAGCCUGUCCAUGUCCCAAAACAUGCCAGUCCUUUUCACUCUGCUACUCUUUAUGAUACCUUUUGUCAAGCCCUUGAUCAAGUACAAGAGGCAGAGCAUAUCCCAGAUGGAUUUGGUAUCCUUCCACAUGAAUGGGACGAUGAUGAGUAUCCUUCACAUGAAAUAAUUCAAUCAGGACAACAAGGUACCAAAGAACUACAAAUUCCCUUACCUGACUUUAUUUGGCAACCUAGGGCAAUCCAGUGGUAUCGAGCACUUGAUAUUAUGAUCAGGCUUUUGGAGCUUGCUGGUACUGAUGUUGAAUCAGAUAGUGACACAGAUAGUACUACUGCUAGUGUUGGUGAUCAUGAUGAUUCUGAUGGCUAA